UGUGUUUACGAGUGUGUAUAAAUGUUGAUUAAUCUCGCGAUCUGCGAGGUUGAUGUUUUGAUUGAUUCGAAAUCUGCACGAAUUUCAAAAUGUUUUUUCGUUUUUGAGAUGAUCGAUUUUAUGUUUUGAUACCGGUUACAGUAUGUUCUGUUGUGGUUGAUUCGAUUCGGCAUUCGUAAAUUCACUUCGAAGCUUCAACUCUCUCUAUAUAUACACGCAAAUAUAUAUGCAACUGAAGUUAUUUUCUCUAAAUUAAAAUUGGAAAAAAGGACAGUUUUGAGAGCAGAUGAGGAGUGUUUUCAAUGAUGCAACCUUUGGGUCACCAACUCGGAUGGGGAAAGGCCUCACUUGUGUUUGCUUCAAGAGCAGGGGAACUUAUGAAAGAAUUUGCAUCAAUUUGACACCCCUACAGGAAGAGAGACUCAGAAGGUUGAAGCAUCGGAUGAAGGUUAACUUUGAUGCUUCCAGAGUAGAACAUCAGGAAGGUUUGAAAGCUCUAUGGUCUGCCACAUACCCUGGUCAGGAGCUCCAUGGCUUAGUAUCAGAUCAAUGGAAAGAAAUGGGUUGGCAGGGCAAAGAUCCAUCAACCGAUUUCAGUUUUUAUAUGUUGAACAGAGGAGCGGGAUUCAUUUCGUUGGAGAACUCAUUGUUUUUUGCCAAGACAUUUUCAACAUCUUUCCAGUGUCUAUUAAAAAAGCAAGGAGGGAAGCGAGCUGCGUGGGAGUAUCCAUUUGCUGUUGCUGGUGUAAAUAUCACAUUCAUGAUCAUGCAAAUGCUUGAUCUAGAUGCCACAAAACCCAGGACGUUUGUCAGAACUGUUUUCUUGCAGAUGUUGUCAGAAAAUGAGUGGGCAUUUGACUUGCUUUAUUGUGUGGCUUUUGUGGUUAUGGACAAGCAAUGGCUGGAAAAAAAUGCCACAUACAUGCAGUUCAAUGAUGUUUUGAAAUCAACUCGGGCUCAGCUUGAGAAGGAACUUCUAAUGGACGAUGUCCUACGGAUCGAAGACAUGCCCUCUUAUACCCUGCUCUUUUAAACCGUGGCCAAUCCAAAGCAUUGCAGGCCAGGGAUGUCUCAAAUUGAAUAUAUCUUUAUUAUAGGAGCUCUUACCGUCUUCCACAUGACACAACCGUCCAAUUGGUUUAUUCUUUCAUACACCUCUUUCGACUCCUUUCUCUGCCAACAGUUUUUUAAUCUUUUAACAAUGGUGAGUACUGGGAAAGUACGAGGACAUUUAAUAAGGUAAUCUUUUUGUCUUUCUUCUUCUGUAUAUGAGAAACUUUGAUGAGAUGAGUAGUCUUUUUCUUUUGCUUUUGCUUUUGAUUCUCUGAUCAAUUCAAUGUUGGAAAAGCUUGGAUGUAACUGGUAUCAGAGGAUUGAAGUUAAAUCGUUAUGCAAAUCUGUUUCAGAUUUUUCUAUUUAAGAAAUCCAUUUGUUUAUUGUUGGUUUUC